AUUUCGGCAGCCGUCUGUUUUCGAUCGCGUUCAAUUUGAAAAAAAUUAAAGUAUAAGUAUAUUUAUUUGUUAAGUUUUAAAUUUAGUAGUUAAGUUUUAAUUCAGUUAAGUUUAAGUGGUUAAGUUUUGCCGUAAAAUGCCUUCCAAAUGUUCGGUGGCUGGUUGUCAUGUGUACGCGAAAGAUGCGCAAUAUAAGUUGUAUCGUGUUCCGGUUAUCAACCGGCUUACAACAGGAGAAAAACAUAAAUUUUUGGAGAUUCGACGUCUUCGAUGGCUUAGGAAUUGUGAUCUUCCUGACACUUCAUCCAUGUUACUGGUGUGCGGCCGUCAUUUUCUUUCUGGAAAACCAUCAGAGUUUCAACAAUCUGAUAAUGUUGACUGGGUUCCUACCCUGCAUCUUCCAAGAUCAGAACAGGAAAAGAUUUUAUGUCCGUCAAUCGCCACCGACGUCGUUACAAAACAAAAACAUGCUGUGGAAAAACUGGUAGUUUCAGCUGAUAGUGCCCCAAUGCUUAAGCCGGACGAUACUACGCGUUCUACAUUUGAGUUCCAACCGUUCCAACAAACUGAAUGUGAUUGGCUACCGACCCCGAAUCUGCCGUGUUUUAAUUCACCGGAAGCGACUUUAUUUCCUUCAUACGACUCCUUUGCUUCGAAUGACUUUGUUAAUCCACAACUUGAUCCACAGAAAGUUUCGACACUGCAGCACAUGAGAUCUGCCAGCAGCAAUUGGAAAGACGAGAUUUUGUGCGUUUCAAACGACCCCUCCGUUUCGACAUGUUCUACUACCAACCAAACGGACCAGACCUUGGACCAGACACAGGAUAAAAGUACAAAUGAUUCCAUGGAUACAUUUGGACUUACCUUGCUAUCGCUCUGUGCGUUGGGUGAAGCUGUGGAAAAUUCAUCAAGCUAUAGUGUUGAAGCUUAUGCGAGUACCAGCGGAUCAAAUUUGUCUGUGGAUAAAGUAGCACAAAGCAUUGCAGCUCCACUUUGUACCUCUAGCAAAGAGGUAGCUACUGACGACAAAUUUAUAACAGAUUGGUCGGAUAUUGUUGGACCUUCAAUAAAAAAAUCAAUAUUCGAAACACACGUAUCACAUGUUUUAAAUUCAAGCUUAGUUGACAACGAUGAUGUUCAGCGGGCAGAAGAAAAUAAUAUUCAUAACGAAGAUAUCACUGAUGUCGCAAGUGACCUCCCCUUUCAACACUAUUUUAAAUCAAAUAACUGCACACAAACCGAAAGUUGCGCUGAGAAUGAAAUUCGAAACCUACAGCAGAAAUUGGAAUAUUACAAGAAAUUGUCUGAAAAAGUGCCAAUUCUAAAAGAAAAGUUGACAAUAGCUCAGAAUCGCUCCAGGCUGUCUGUGUCAAGUCUUGAGCACGAUGACAAAAAAUGUAAAUACUUCACAGGCAUUUUUAACGGACGAGCUCUAAGGCACAUAUUCAAUGCCUUGAUUGAUGACAUUCCGGAAUCGCAGGAGCUUUCUAAGGAGCAGAUAUUAGUGCUGGCACUCCGUAAGCUGCGGCUGAAUGAACCUUUCUGCAGCCUGGGCUAUUUGUAUGAUCUUAGCCAGACAACUAUUGCUGAAUAUUUUUAUGAAACAAUAAAUGCUAUAUACCCCUAA